ACAUAAUGUGUUGUAUAUAUUUAUUAUUCACAUAGCUAUACAUUCAUGAUUUCCAUCAAAAUAAUGAUUUAAAAAGUGAAAAAUAAGUGUCAAAAUCUGUGGUUAUAUUGAAUAUAGUGUGGGUGUGUCUGAAGAAUGUCUUGCGGUUUCUUCGGCAGUGACUCUUCCGUUGAUUUUGACAAUAUUUCGCACGAAUUCCGGCCCCAAAGACAGUUGCGGUUAAUAUGCGGCUACAACUCGUGGCAGUGGCUGUUCCUCAUACUGGCCACCAUCCAGGUGUCCGCAAUUGUCAUAUACACAGCACUGGAGUUGGAUUCCCUGUUAAAUCACAGCCAAUUGAUGGACACAUCAUUUGUCAUUAAUGUCAUUAUACUUACCCGACUUUGCGUGUCCAUAUCGUUCACGUCGGUGAUGGUGAUAGUGUCCAGGUGUGUCAACCAUUUCUCUCAGGAAUAUUCCAUCAUAGGAGUAGCCCCGGCACUUAUAUCCAUGUACAAGAACCAGUGCUAUUUCCAGAUUUUAUUGAAGUUAGACUUCCUUAAUUCGGUUAGU